AUGAGUAACAACAAGACCCUCAUUUACAAGAAAGUCCCCAAUGGACUUCCAGUCCCUGGUGAGGACCUUGCCGUUGAAGCACGAGCGAUCGAUCUCGAAUCGCCUCCAAAGGGCGGCCUUAUUCUCGAGAUUCUACAAGCAUCUUUCGAUCCGUAUCUCCGGGGCAAAAUGCGCGACCCCAAAAUCAAGUCGUACUCCGCUGCCUUCGAAAUCAACCAGCCUAUCGUCAACGCCACUGUAUCUAAAGUCCUCAAAACCGAUAGUCCCGAAUAUAACGAGGGUGACUUGGUAGUUGCUGCCACUCCCAUCGCCGAAUAUGCACGGGUGGAGGACCUCAAGGCGCAGAUGGUCCGCAAGAUCACGAACCCGUUCAGUCUCGACAUUGGCCUCUUUCUCGGGCCCCUAGGGAUGCCUGGUUUGACAGCUUGGUCUGGCUUGCAUAAAAUUGGACAACCCAAAGAAGGCGAGACGAUCUUCAUCAGCUCAGCCGCUGGCGCUGUUGGCCAAGUUGUCGGGCAGGUAGCUAAGCGAGCGGGUUUGACUGUGAUCGGAUCUGUGGGCUCAGAUGAGAAGCUAGACUUCAUAAUUAAUGAGCUAGGGUUUGACUCGGGGUUUAACUACAAGAAGGAGUCGCCAUCGAGCGCGCUGGGCAGACUUGCUCCUAACGGCAUCGACAUUUAUUUCGAGAAUGUCGGUGGAGACCACCUCGAAGCCGCACUCGAAGCCAUGAACAUUGGCGGCAGAAUCCCAAUGUGUGGAAUGAUUAGCGGCUAUAAUACGCCUAUAGCAGAGCGCCCAGGGAUCAAGAAUAUGGCGUAUGUCGUCAGCAAGCAGAUUCUCAUGCAGGGCUUCAUCGUUACCAACCCUGACUAUUGGGCUGUCUACUUCAAGGAGCAUCAAGAGAGUCUCCAGAAGUGGUUUGCGGACGGGAGCAUGAAGGCAAAAUUAUCAGUGACAGAGGGCAUUGAAAAUGCGGCUGAGGGGCUUGUUGGCAUGCUUAAAGGCGAGAACUUUGGUAAAGCUGUGUUGAAGAUCAAAUAA